GCGGGGAAACGAAACCGGAUGGCUAUGGGGCCGGCCGUGGCCGACGCCACCGCCCUCAGGAGCCGCCCUGCCUCUCUGGGAGCCCUGGGCGGUAGAUCAGCCGCGCCGUGCGGGGGUCGUCAGGGCCCUGCGGGGGCUCCCGUCCGGCUGCUCUGCGAAGCGGUCCGCAACGCCCGCAGUUGUUUCUCCGUCCGUUCCCCUCGAGGUCGUUCAGCCCCGGGCCACCCGGUCGACAGGGCCCCGGGAACUAGCCCUUGGGCGUGGCGGCUGCGGCCCCCAAGCUGUCCCCCAGUGCCCGGGAGCGUCGUGCAUUUGCUCUCUGGGAGCUCUUCUCAUCUGCCCGAUGGGGUGCCGGAGCUCGCCUCGCAGGGCUGUUGUGGCCGUUAAGGAAUGAACAAAUUGGAAGUGGUUGGUGGGACCCUGAUAUUCCUUCCUUUGAAUCUAUCUGUACACGUCAAUGCGUCCUUGGGCUGCGCCCCCAUUAAAUGGGUCCCGUUGAGGCGUCUGGCCUGCGGCAAACUUGCAGUCCUAAUUUGGGGGAGGCGGUUCUCACCCGCGUGGUGUGACGAGUCUGGAUCACCCGGCCCAGCCCUAGCGCUAGGCCAUAUCUCAGCAAGCAUCAAGCUCUGGGUCUCUGGGCCCUGGGUGAGCGGCCAUAGGCCCCGCCCUCGGAGUCGACCUCAGCCGCGAUUUUGGGUGUUUGGGAGCUUUGAUCGGCUUUUUCCUCCGUGGUUAAUUUGUCACUUCUCAAGGACCAGUGUACAAGUCGUCCCUGAAAGGGCCUUCCUUCUACUCUUCACCCCCUGGUGCUCGUCCUGCGUCUUCCUAGGUCCAUACUGGAAUUUACAGGGGUUUUUUUUUUGAGAGCAGGUCAUGUAUACACUGAUGGCGACGUCCUCAAAGCAAUGGUACAGGUUCUGUCACAGUAUGAGAAAGUGCUGGUUAGACUAAAUCAAACCCUUUGGGUGUGUGUGUGUUUGAGGGAGCCUGCCUGUCCUGGCGUGGACGCGUACGCAUACAUUGUCAUUCAUGCAGUCUGUCAGGUGUAUCAGGGCUGAAGUGUGUCCAGGCCCCCAGAUGUCUGACUGGGCCAGGUGGGAUGGACUGAGAACCCUGAGGCCACAAAGGCCUGACAGGCAGAGCUGAAAGGCAGUGCUUGUGGAUGGAUGCACCCCACCAGCGUCUUUCUUUUCAUAGCUCAGAGCUCUGGCACUGUGGAGGAGAUUCUAGACCGGGAGAACAAGAGGAUGGCCGACAGCCUGGCCUCCAAGGUCACCAGGCUCAAAUCGCUGGCCCUGGACAUCGACAGAGACACGGAGGACCAAAAUCGGUACCUGGAUGGCAUGGACUCGGACUUCACAAGCAUGACAGGCCUGCUCACGGGGAGCGUGAAGCGCUUUUCCACAAUGGCACAAUCUGGGCGAGACAACCGGAAGCUUCUGUGCAGUAUGGCCAUGGGCUUGAUUGUGGCUUUCUUCAUCCUCUCCUACCUCCUAUCGAGGGCAAGGACAUGAGCUAGUGGGAGCUGGCUUCUGUGGAUGCCCAGGAAAACCAGGGCCUUCCCUUGCCUGGUGUCCUGGACUCCAGAGGACCUACCAGCGAAAUAUGUCUUUGAAAUGA